UUCGGCGCUAAACAACGAUUCUUCUCACAUCGCGCUGGACCUGUUGCUUGGAAGGAAGAUAUCGAUCACUUCUCCGCAGUCCCCAGCCAGAGGUUUCGUUUUCAAAUCUCGAUCUUUCUACACAUAUGUAGCCAUCUUUUAGAAUAUAUUGGUGACAAACUCUAAUACGACGUCUCGCAGAGUUUUGCUGUUUGAAAAUACCGAACCGGUGUAAUUUGUCUAUAAGCGGUACAAAGACGCUCGAAUAAGAAAGUAUGGAAGAAGAUGAAAGCACGCCAGGCCCUUCAGUCAAUUAUUGUAUGUUACAUCACAUUGUUGCACAACCACCAACUAAUGAAUUCCAGCAGUUGAAGACGUUAAGACGCAUUCUGAAGCGUGGUGCAGAUUUGUUUCAUCUAAACGAAGAAAAAAACCCUCCAUUGCAUCACGCUGUUGCAAAUUAUGGCGGGCAAAUAAAAGCUAUUAAAUAUCUCCUCAAAAAAGGUGCCGACCAGAAAAUUUUUAAUGGAAACGACCUGACUCUAUUUCAAGUAAUAAACUACAGCAAAAAAUCUUACAAAAUAUGCAAAUUUCUUUUUAGAGUAGGAUACAACCUAAAUGUCAUCAGAACACCUUUCCCGUUACAAAAGGCGGUGGAAAGUGAAAACUGCAGUGUUAAAACUGUGAAGCUGCUGAUAGAAAACGGAGCUAGAGCAAGUUCCCAGACUUUACUGAAGGCAGUGCAAAAUACUGCAAUCAAACCCAAAGUUAUUGAAUUACUUUUAUCGUAUGGUGCGAAUGCUAAUACGAAUGGUGAUUUUGGUUAUAGUCCAUUACAUUGUGCCAUAAGCAAUACUAACAUGAAAGCGGAAAUUGUCCAUAGUCUUCUGUAUGCAGGAGCUCCAGUCAACGCAAGAACCACAGAAAGGGCAUUUACUCCCCUUCAUCUGAUGACUAGAAAGCAGCAUCAGUGCCCUGUCGUAACUGAAAUGUUAUUGGCAUAUGGCGCUGAUGUGGAUGCGAAAUGCACUAUGGGGCGAACACCCCUGAUGUAUGCUUCAAGAAAGAAAGGGGGAUUUGAAAUUGUAAAGAUGUUAUUAGCAUGUGGGGCUGAUCCAAAUGCAAAAGACAAAGAAGGCUUGAAUGCUUUGCACCAUGCUCUGAUGGGUUUUUCCCCCAAUGGUAAAACCAUAAAGUUACUUAUAAGGCAUGGAGCCGACGUAUCUUGCAAAGCGGACGAUUUAACACCGUUUGAAUGGUAUAUAGAGGGCCCACCCGACAGAUUCACUCCAGGAGCGUUUCAGGCGUUUUUUGAAUAUGGGGUAGAUGUGCAUUUUAAAACCUCAGAUGAUAAAUCUGCUUUGGCUAUCCUACUGGAAGAAUGCACAGAUAACUUAGAUGCCAUUAUAUUUCUAUUAAAUAAUAGAGCUUGGUGCACCGAUUAUGAAUUAGAGUGGCAAUCGGCUAUUAAUGAAAUUGCAGAUAAAUGCACGGAGACAUAUUCAACAGACCUAGAAACUAUAAUUAAAUACGCCAUUUUGCACCAGUUCUAUAAACAUGGCCAGUUUUUUCUCCUACACACUCCAAGCGAAUAUGUCGCAAUUAAAUCUCAGUGUAUUCAUGAGUGCUUUAAAAUGCAUUGUAAAAAUCUCCCACAUGGCAAUUUACUUCAUAUGUUACUCACACAAAAAUUCUAUAGUUGUGAUGAAUGUAUGAAUGAGAUAUUUAUGCAUACUAGCGAUAAUAUUGGAAUGGUUUAUUUCGAUACAUUGUUAAAAAUGAUAAGCAAAAAAUUUCUUUUGGAGCGUUUGCAAGCUCAAAAAGUCUAUACUAUUUGUAACAAUCGAAUAAUAAUGUUGAAUAAUGAUUGUGUCAGAAUGAUUGGAAAGUAUAUGGAUAAAACACAAUUAUAUAUGUCGGUUUUAGCGUUUUCUGCUUAACCUGACAAACGUAAAUAUUGAAGAUGUCUAAGUGAGGAGGAAUAUGAUCAAUAAGAUGAUGAAUGCUCUUUUCAUUUCUCUGGGGUCAAAUAUUUUAUUAGGAAAUAUUUUCUAUAAACACAUAAAUUCAUCACAACUAUUAUUAUUUUAAAAUUUUUGAAUUAUAUACGUUUGCAUUUCAUGAGGCAUUUUAACAUCACUAUGAGGUUUUUCAGAAAUGAAAACAAAAUUCAUAUUUAUUUUUUACGAUAUACUUAAGGGUCUCAUUAUUGAAUAUGUCUCUGUAAAAUAAUGUAUUGAAUAUUUCAUGGGAAGAUUUACAAAGAGUGAAUUAACAUAACUUACUAUUUGUACAAAUAUUCAAAAUAAAUAAAUAUUUGAUAUUCAAAAUCCCGCAAGGGUUAGUUAUGAAUAUUAAAUGAAAUAUUUGUACGAAAUGAAAAGUGAAAGAACAACUAUAUACUUCAAAAGUAUAUAAACUAUGUACUUCAAAAGUACAAGAAUAACUAUAUAUUACAGCUGUAAUACUUCAAUUCAUCAAUAUUUUUAAUAUUUAUUAGUUCAGAAGUACUUCUCAGAGGUACUUCAGAAGGAAGUAUUUUAAUAUUUUGGAACUUCAUGAAAGUGCAGUUGUUUAAAAGUUAUAUUAUAGGCAUUAGAUAUAAAAUCAUGAAAUGUUCCUACAAAGAUAAACAUUGGCAUACGUACUUUGUAAACAAAAUGUAGUGCAAUUAGUUUCUUUAUUAUUCUAGGACAUAUUCUAAGAAAAUUAUUUAUUCAUUUUUCUCUGAAUUCAAAUAUUUAUUAUUUAUUCCAUUCAUAUAUUAUCUUGGAUACAAUAUCAAUGUUCUUCUUAUUCGUACAAAUUAUUUAGAAUUGUAUGUCUACCUAUUACAUUGUUGUAUCUUAUUCUUCCUUGUUGACAAUUUUAAUUCAUAAGGAAUUGUUUAAACUACGGCAAAGGGACUAAUGCAACAUUUGAAAUUCAUUUAUAUCUUUCUGAUGCUUGAAUCCAAUAAUAUGUAAACAUUUACUGCAUUGAAAUGCUGCUCAUAGGGCACAUCUUUCGUCACCAGUUUUCCUGGCAACUUGAACCUAGUAUAUAAGCUAUAUACUUACAAUAAAACUAAUAGUUAAAUUAUAAGUAAUGAAUAAUUUAAUAAUCAAUAAAGCAGCGGGUCAUUCUCAUAUGUUGAUACAAUUCUUUUUUGUUGAUACAUUUUUUAUGGAAGUGGAUUUUUUUUUCACGAUAAACAAAAUUAAUGAGUACCAACUUUUUUGUUUGUGCUAUUUAAUUAGCGAUGAGAAAAAUUUUCAUUCUUUAUGUUCAGUUUUUAAGAUAGAUUUAAUUUCUUUUAGUUUUGUUUUAAUUUUUUGUCGGCCAGUUUUUCCAUUUCAUCUUAUAGAUUGCAAUUGCAUUGCAACAUUUUAAUAUGGCAUUAAUGUAAUUUUUAAUUUGUUUUAAAAUGUUUUGAAUUAAAAUAUUUUGCAUUUAUUAUAUGCUAUAAGUAUUACUAUGUGGACACACUUGUAGAAGCAUCGACAGUUGCUUAACUAUUUGGAAGGAACUAUUUAAACUAUGUUUUAAUUGUGUUUAUAUGCCUUAUAAAAAUAUUAUUAUUUGUAAAUGUUUAAACUUUAUUUCUCUAAUUCUUUCCAAAUUUCUGAGAUUUCAAAAUAAAGUGUUAUAAAACGUCUAGCAGGUAUUAUGUUAUAAUACAUUAUUUAAACAUGCUAAUAAUUAUUAUUAAAAUAUUUGUUAUAUAAUAGAAAGAAAGCUGUUAGGUGCAAUUUUAAUAUGAAGCGUUUGGGAAAAAUAUUAAGUAAUAAAUUUAAACAUUUUUAUAAGUUUUAACUGGUUUAAACUUUUAAGUGAUUGAAAAAAAGAAUGUGUUUUAGACCUAAAAUUAGAAGAAUAGUCAUAUAUUAGUGGUGUAUUAUGAAUUGCUAUGUCCAAUAUAAUUCUUCAAAGGAUGGAUUGCGAAAUAAAAUUAAGAGAGAGAGUACUCCCGAAAUAUAUACUAAAUGGACAUUUUUUGUAGUCUAAAAAUCAUUAGAAAUACAAUAAAUGUACCAAAAAAAUAAUUGUACACUGCAUUGCUUUAUAUAAAUGUUAUAUGGAAAAUAUGUAUCUGUAGUUAGUUUUAAAGUAGUAUCAAAUGAAUGUAGAUAAAAUAUUUAGUAAUAUAUCUAGAUACUUUUAUUCAGAUAGACAGCUAUUUGAGAAAAAAAAUAUCUUCAAUUUAAUUUGCAAAGUUACUUAUGUUAUGCUUUGAUUUAAAUUUUUAGAUGAUUGAAAUGUUGAAUUUUAUGUAUUGAAUUGUUGUAAAAUGUAUUGUGUCUGGAUUCAAUAUUAUGCAUGUUUCUUAAAUUAAUCAAUGUAUUUUCUCAGAACUUCUUGGUGUAAAAUUCGUCAAAGUAUAUACUUAUGAUAGUUCUAUAUAGACGUCAUGAUGUUGAAUGUAAAAAAUAUUUGAAUAUCAAUUUUAUAUGUGAUGUUGCGACUAAUCUAAUCACAUUUAUAACUGCAAGCGUUUUUAAAAUAAAAUUUUUAUAAUAUUUUAUGCAGAACAUAAAUUAUACUGUCAGAAUAAAAUUGUUGAAUAUAAUUUACUGUAUUUAUUGGUGCUAAAAAAACAUUGGACUUACGAUCGCUUUUGAUUUUUAACUUAUGAUUAUUUUCUGUAAGACAAGUGUUCGUUGUAGAUUAUUUGAUGAUCUUUUAUAUCUGAAUUGCAAUGUUCUUUUUAUUACAUAAUACAUUUUCUGAAAACCUUUUCAUUUUCAAUUUGUCAAGGUGUAUACCUUUUAUAUUUGUUCAUUAUAAUUCACGAUAAUAUGAUAAUUGUUUAUUAAAUUGGUGUGAGGUUAAUGCACCUAGUCAUAUUUAUAACAGUAAAUGGUUUUAAAAUAAUAUAUUAUGUAGAUUUGAAUAGAAGAAUUUUGUAGGUUGUCCAAAUAGAAUGUGAAGACUGUAUUUAAUUGGAUGUUGCACCUCUGUCAAAAUAUCUGUAUCAUUCUGAAAAUAAAAACGAUUAAU